AUGGCCCCGACGAUUGGGUCAUUGCCGUCAUCUCCUUAUACAUUGAUGUCACCCAACUCUUCCUGUUUCUCCUCAACAUUUUUUCGUUUGCGAGCAGCUAGCCGGAAUGACGUGUUGAUCGUGCGGUUCCAUGCAUUUGCAAAGGGCUCCUUUGCAUUCGAAUUGACUGACUUUCUUCAAUGGUCUCUAGGUUGUUUCUUAUCAUUGAUCUGGGCGGUUACACCUUCCAUGACCCUGUUCGGAAGAUUGCCACUGACGCGGAAUAUUAUAUCGUAAAACUCAUAGAGAUUUAUA